AUGCCGGGGGAGCUGUCCGCGGUGCUGAGGAGCUGUCCGCGGUGCUGCCCGUGGAGCCGCCGCUGGGUGACGGCUCCCGCAGCACGGGGUAGGGCUGCUGCAAGGUGGUGGGUGCGCGGGCCGGGGGCUGGGGGGAUAUGGGGAGCCGUCCGUGCCGUGCUGGAGCAGGAAAUGAACCCUCUCCCACCCCUGCCCUGCCGCUACUGGGAUUACACCAGCCAAAGGGAUAUGAACAGGCAGGCUGUGAACAGUCCUGAAACACUUCCUCCUGGACCAAAUGAAGGUGCAGGUGUUGCAAGAAUCAGCCCUGAAAACGAGCCGCAGAACGCCCCACUGCAACCCCCUGCCGCCAUGGCUAGGCUCCCACGGUCGCUCUCCAACGACUACAAAACGCUUCUCACCGAAGAAACCAAACAAAAUGAUUUGGAGAGGACGAAAGUCGGAAUCUGCAAGCUCAGCAGCACCCCGGUGCAAACCAACUCAAUGCUCCGGAGGGAAUCUGCUGAGACCUUUCCGUACAAGCAAGUGGCCGGGGCAGCGGCUGCUGGGCAAGCUGUGAUCCCUCACUGCAAAAUUGCCGCUUUGCAAAGCACAGACGGGGACGGUAACCCAGCUCUGGGAAAGAGCACACUGGAGCAAAACAAUGCCAAAAGCACCUGGGUGACCUUGAGCCAAAGCACCGUGGUACUGGGUACAGAUGGCAAUACCUCUAUUCUUCCCGGCAGAGUGGAGGGGGAAGACGAUGUAGGGGAUGAAAACAAAGCCCGAGGGAACUGGUCCAGCAAGCUGGAUUUCAUCCUCUCCAUGGUGGGUUAUGCAGUGGGGCUGGGCAAUGUCUGGAGGUUCCCGUACCUGGCCUUUAAGAAUGGGGGAGGUGCGUUCCUCAUCCCCUACCUGAUGAUGCUGGCUCUCGCCGGCAUUCCCAUCUUCUUUCUGGAGGUCUCCCUGGGGCAGUUUGCUAGCCAGGGCCCUGUCUCGGUGUGGAAAGCCAUCCCUGCCCUGCAAGGCUGCGGCAUUGCGAUGUUGAUCAUCUCCGUUCUGAUAGCCAUAUAUUACAAUAUUAUUCUGUGCUACACUCUUUUCUACCUUUUUGCCUCCUUUGUACCCGUGCUCCCUUGGGCGUCCUGUAACAACCCCUGGAACACGCCAGACUGUAAAGACAAAAACAAACUUUUACUGGAUUCAUGCAUCGUUGGUGAUCACCCAAAAAUACAAAUCAAGAACUCUACUUUCUGUAUGAGUGCCUAUCCAAACUUGACUAUGGUUAACUUCACCAGUGAAGGAAAUAAGACAUUUGUCAGUGGAAGUGAAGAAUACUUCAAGUACUUUGUACUGAAGAUUUCAGCAGGGAUUGAAUACCCUGGUGAGAUUAGGUGGCCCUUGGCGCUGUCUCUUUUUCUAGCCUGGGUGAUUGUGUAUGCCUCCCUUGCUAAAGGAAUCAAGUCAUCGGGAAAAGUCGUGUACUUCACAGCAACGUUUCCUUACGUGGUUCUCAUCAUCCUACUUAUACGAGGUGUGACACUACCUGGGGCUGGAGCUGGGAUCUGGUACUUCAUCACGCCCAAGUGGGAGAAGCUCAUUGAUGCUAUGGUUUGGAAGGAUGCUGCCACUCAGAUUUUCUUCUCCUUAUCUGCAGCAUGGGGAGGUCUAAUUACUCUCUCUUCUUACAACAAAUUCCAUAAUAACUGCUACAGGGACACAUUGAUAGUCACAUGUACCAACAGUGCGACAAGUAUAUUUGCAGGCUUUGUCAUCUUCUCAGUUAUUGGCUUCAUGGCAAACGAGCUCAAAGUGAAUAUUGAAGCUGUGGCAGACCAAGGUCCUGGGAUUGCUUUUGUUGUUUACCCAGAAGCUCUAACUAGGCUUCCCCUCUCUCCAUUCUGGGCUAUCAUAUUCUUUUUGAUGCUUCUGACACUUGGAUUGGACACUAUGUUUGCCACUAUCGAGACUAUAGUGACCUCUGUUUCAGACGAAUUCCCCAAAUACUUACGUACACACAAGGCACUGUUCACUCUUGGGUGCUGCAUUUCCUUUUUCAUCAUGGGAUUUCCUAUGAUCACUCAGGGUGGAAUGUAUAUGUUACAACUUGUGGACACUUACGCAGCUUCUUAUUCCCUUGUCAUCAUUGCCAUAUUUGAGCUUGUUGGAGUUUCCUACAUUUAUGGAUUGCAAAGGUUUUGUGAAGAUAUAGAAAUGAUGAUUGGAUUCCAGCCAAGUAAAUUCUGGCGAGUCUGUUGGGCCUUUGUGACCCCGACUAUCUUAACAUUUAUUCUUUGCUUCAGUUUUUACCAAUGGGAACCGAUGACUUAUGGAGCUUAUCAUUACCCUGGCUGGUCGAUGGUGCUUGGGUGGCUGAUGCUGGCCUGCUCAGUUAUUUGGAUCCCAGUGAUGUUUGUGAUAAAAAUGCAUCUGGCCCCAGGCAAAUUUAUUGAGCGACUCAAGUUGGUGUGCUCUCCACAGCCAGACUGGGGUCCGUUUUUGGCCAAGCACCGUGGUGAACGUUACAUGAAUAUGAUUGAUCCACUGGGAACCUCUUCCUUGGGACUUAAACUGCCAGUGAAGGACAUAGAACUGGGGACCCAAUGCUAAUUGUUCUUACCUUGGUGACAGAAACAUUGUCAUCCUUUUCAGCUAUUCUUUCUGAUUUGUUUCCCCACCAUUUUUUUUCUUCCCUGCAAUGCCUGGAAGUGGUUGCUUAGAGAAGUAGGAUUUACUGUUGCAUGCCACAGGGGAGACCUAGCUAGACCAUUUCCAGGCGUAGGUGAUGCCCAUGCUGUAUUAUGUCUUGACUGAGACAGCAAAACCAUGCUGCACAAUGGGUUACAUCCCAGGUUUUGUUGGGCUGUGUAGGAAUAAACAAAAGAUCCUUUAUAACAGCUAAAGGUGGGACUAAAAUUCUGUUACCAAUGUAAUCAAAGGGAAGGAUGAGAGUGAACAAACAGACCGUUGAAACAGA